CAACGUAUCAAAUUGGACGAAGUAACGUUCGCCAACAAUCGGUUGAAAGACAACUCCUUCCAGGCCAAGGGUGGAUCCACAAACGACUAUGGCACGAAGGCGUCAGCUGAUUUAGGGGUCACUCGGGGUUCGGGAUUCAAAAAAGAGAAAGCUAAAAAGAAGAGGGGUUCAUACGUUGGUGGAGAGAUUACGGUACGUUCUUACUUUGGAUAA